UCUGCUUGCAUGACCAGUUUCCCCUCUUCCACUCGAUGACAAUCACAAGUAUCAAGCAAACCUUCCUUUACCUAUAAAUCCCAUGUACGCAUGAAGGUAUUGAAUAGGGCCUCCACUUUACCUCCACCGCAGGAAAACUAACAAAACCAUCCAUUGUCCUCUUCCCCAUAUCCAAUCCCCUCGUCAUUUCCAGAGGCCUUUCUCCUUCCGUUACCACCACGGAAACGAAAAUGGCUGAUGAUCUGCAAAGCCGCAAGAGCAUUGCCACCGCCACAGCACUGAAUCCGAGACAGCAAGGGCUCAAGUGCCCCCGAUGCGACUCCCCCAACACCAAGUUCUGCUACUACAACAACUACAGCCUCUCCCAACCAAGGCACUUCUGCAAGACCUGCCGAAGGUACUGGACCAAAGGUGGCGCGCUCCGGAACGUGCCCAUGGGCGGCGGCUCCCGCAAGAACAAGAAAUCCAAAUCCUCGGCCUCGUCGCGCCUUCCGGCGGCUCCCCUCUCUGGGUUCCCCGAAACAGGCAGCAGCCUCAAAUUUCUCGAUGGACUUCCCUCUUCGGUGGCCAUGGACUUCCAAAUAGGUCUGCCCGCCGCCUCAGGGCUCCAUGAUCCGGCUACAUCCACGGUCUUCAACAGCAACCAGUUCAUCAACUUUGUCGACAUCUCGCGCGGUGCAGCGCUCUCUUCUGAUGCUACCACCCAGGCGAGCUUCAAUUACCCUAUCUCUGCUGCAGGGGUACUGUAUAAUGAGACCAAAGGUCCAUCUAUAUCCUCUGCUGCUGGCAGCAGCAGCAUUGUGUCUUCCAUCGAGUUCCUGAGCUCCAUCAACCAGGACCUCCAUUGGAAGCUUCAGCAGCAGAGGCUGGCCAUGAUCUUCGGAGGGGAAUCUCAUAAACAGAGCAGUAGCCCACUGGAGAUCCAACAGGAAUUUAUAUCUUUCGAGGUAUCAGACAUAGCCACAGAUGAAGUUUGUGGCUGCAGUGAAUCCGGAAAUACAUGCGUUGCUACUGGGACUAAUAGUUCGAUGGCAUGGUUGCCGGAGAGUUCUAAUUACACCAUUCCGACUUCGACGGCAAUAAGUAUCAACAGCGUCGGCAACGUCGACGGCAACAACAGUGUCGACAAGAGUAGUACCGACAUCAACAUAAGCUAUUGGAACGGAAUCCCGGCAUGGAAUGACAUACCACAGUUCUCAACGCUGCCUUAUUCGGUGGAUAUGGAACUAUAACAUGUAAGUAACUUUUCCAGCUUAUUGUUCCCUUCGAGGUCUUGGCUAAUUUUUUGCAGUAAAGCAGUAGGGGGAAUCUGGAAGAAAGACGAUACAUUCCAAGUUUCAACUCCAUUCUCUUCUUCUAGUUGAAGGGCAGGAUCAUUUCGGCAGUUGCAAGGUGAAGAUACGCACAGCUGAAGUUGCUAUGUAGGCGGCUGCUUCUAUUACUAAUCUCCAAAAAAAUUCUCUCUCUUGAAGUGUUUGUAAAGAAAAAUUGGACUGAGUUACUAGGUUUUUCGUUUCAGCGAUGGUGAUCUUGUUUCUCUUGGGGUUCUAUCAGGAACUCGAGCCUGAAGAAGGUUUCUCGAAUUUAUGUAAGGUUUUUUUGGUUUGUUAUAUGUAUGGUUGGCGUGAGAUCAGACGCUUGAUUUCAA